AUGGGUCGGGUGCAGAGUUUUAUUAAACCCACCCACAAUCUUCGCUAUGAUGCUUCGUUUGCUUCUAUUGCUACAGCAGCGGUGGCAUGCUUUCUGGGCGUUCUCUAUUUCUUUAUCGUUGAUCAACGCGUGGCUACGAAUGCGACUUGGUACGCUCUCACUGAGGAUGCGUUGAAAAAUCCAUUCAAGGCGAGAGAACAGUGGGCUGUGAGCGCGAAAGAGAUUCUUUAUGGGGGAUUGGAAAAAAUCAAAGGUGCUAUUGCAGUCAUUUCUUCUACGGGGCCUUUGGUUUUUCUGCCAAACUCGUUUGCUGAUGAAAUACGGAAUAUGAAGGAGCUUCAAUUUGGAAGUUAUUUGAUACAAGGCCACUAUCAGGGGUUAACCCCGUUCUUAGUGGUCGAUCAACACGACGUUACUCAUGAAGUUGUCCGCCGUAAUCUUACCCGAUCUUUGGAUAGCAUCACUGAAGACAUGAACGCCGAAGUCGAAGCCGUUCUCAUGGACAUGCUAGGCAAUAUAGAUCUAAAACCCUUCGUCCACCGUUUAGUCGCCCGCGUCUCUUCCUGCGUUUUCCUUGCCCCAGAACUCUUGGAGAAUGCUGAAUGGAUCGACAUAGCCGUAGCCUAUCCUGAGAACUCCAUGAGGGCAAUCUAUCAACUACGCAGCUUACAUCCAAUCUCCCGACCCAUUGCCCAAUGGUGGAUGCCCGCCCUCCGUGUAUGCAGGCAGCAAGCUGCAAAGUCACGCGAAAUUAUCAAUCCACUCGUCCAGAAACGGCUGCAGAGGAAAGCCAAUGGCGAGAUUACUGGAAAAGCUGCUGAUACAAUCAGCUGA